UGGUUGGUGACUUUCCAGAUGCUGAGGUACCUGUAUUCUAGGCACAGGCCAGUACUGAACUGUAGUUGGGCUAGGCUGUGCCUUCUGAAGCGGUGUCUGUUUACAAUGAAGUUGCAGUCUCCAGAAUUCCAAUCGCUUUUCACAGAAGGAUUGAAGAGUCUGACAGAAUUAUUUGUCAAAGAGAACCAUGAAUUAAGAAUAGCAGGAGGUGCAGUGAGGGAUUUAUUAAAUGGAGUGAAACCUCAGGACGUGGAUUUUGCCACCACCGCUACCCCGGCUCAGAUGAAGGAGAUGUUUCAGGCGGCUGGGAUUCGGAUGAUAAACAACAAAGGAGAAAAGCACGGAACAAUCACUGCCAGGCUUCAUGAAGAAAAUUUUGAAAUUACAACACUACGGAUUGAUGUCCUCACUGAUGGAAGACAUGCUGAGGUAGAAUUCACAACUGACUGGCAGAAAGAUGCUGAACGCAGAGAUCUCACUAUAAAUUCAAUGUUUUUAGGUUUUGAUGGCACCUUAUUUGACUAUUUUAAUGGUUAUGCAGAUUUAAAAAAUAAGAAAGUGAAAUUUGUUGGACAUGCUAAACAGAGAAUACAAGAAGAU